AUGACGCCUUCAGGCUUCCAGAGCACCGUUACUAUCACGCAUAUCAGUACAGCAACGGCUAUCAUCAACAUAGAUGGCAUUAAAAUUCUCACCGACCCUUACUUCAGCCCGGCCGGCACCCUGGCUGAUCUUUCCCACAUCGACGGCGUCCUUCUCAGUCAUGAGAAUCAUGAUAACAACUUGGAUAUCCUGGAUUACCGUAUUCUCAAUGGGCGUCACGUUCUUAUAAUAAAAGACAGCGCAAAAAAUCUUGCUCCUCGUCCUGACAUCCGUGGACUAGACUCUUGGGAGUCCGUGAUCCUGGUACUAGAGAAUAAAGAAUUCACAGUGACCAGAAUCCUUUAUAGAUAUAUACCUGGUCAAGAGUAUACUGGCUUCGCCAUCAUCUUAGAGAGUUUUGGCGUUAGUUCCGAUGGCCUUCUGAAUACUAUCUGGUUUUCAGGUGAUACUGUCUACUUUAAUAAACUGAAGGAUAUUCGGAAUCACUGGUAUAUAACAGCUGCUAUUCUUAACCUUGGUUAUGUGCAUGCUCCUGGUAAAAUUCUUCAAAUCACUCAGCCAGAUAGCAGUAGCACUGAUGGGCCUAUUCAGAUCACUAUGGAUAGUAAAGAAGGUGCUUGUAUAUUUCACGAGCUUGGGGCAGACAUUCUUGAAUUGAAGGUGGUAAUGGAAGCUAAGGGCCUCUGCAAUAAGAUGUGCUGGUUGGCUCCUGGAGUCUUUAAAAGAAUAUUUUAA